GGAGAAGAAGGAGAAGAAGAAGAAGAAGAAGGAGAAGAAGGAGGAGAAGAAGAGGAGCCUCCGUGGUGCAGACAUGGCCUGGCUCCAUCAGAGUCGAGCUUCUCCCAGACUGGUCCUGGUCGUGGUGUGUGUCGCUCUGCUGCUCGACAACAUGCUGCUCACUGUGGUCGUGCCGAUCAUCCCCACGUUCCUGUACUCCAUGGACCACCCUAGUCCAGAGCCCCAGACGGUCCCGCCCUCCCUGGUCCCUCUGUCCGGCCUCGGUGCCUCGGUCCUGGGUACGAAGUCUCCUCUGGUUUCCCUGUUUGACAACUCCACCUUCAGCCUUCAGGAGACCGGAGCUCCAGACCUGGACCCCAACGCCCUCGUAGACCUGGACCCCAACGCCCCCGUAGACCUGGACCCCAACGCCCCCGUAGACCUGGACCCCAACGACACCACUGCAGUGUCCUCUUGUCUUCAGGACAGCGUCUUUCUGGAGGAGGAAAACGUUCGCGUCGGUUUGUUGUUUGCGUCUAAAGCUCUCGUCCAACUUCUGGUCAAUCCCUUCGUUGGUCCCCUCACCAACAGGGUCGGGUACCACAUCCCCAUGUUCGCUGGAUUCAUCAUCAUGUUCGUGUCCACCAUCAUGUUUGCGUUUUCAGGGACGUACGCUUUGCUGUUCUUCGCUCGUUCUCUGCAGGGAAUCGGAUCCUCCUUCUCCUCAGUGGCAGGUCUGGGUAUGUUGGCGAGCGUCUACACUGAUGACCAGGAGCGAGGGAUCGCGAUGGGCGUGGCCUUGGGGGGACUGGCCAUGGGCGUCCUGAUCGGAGCGCCGUUCGGCAGCGUGAUGUACGACUUUGUGGGGAAGAGCGCCCCCUUCCUCAUCCUGGCCUUUCUGGCCGUGUUCGAUGGAGCGUUGCAGCUGUGCAUCCUGCAGCCUUCAAAGAUCUGUCCCGGGAGCGUGGAGGGGACGCCGCUACUGACGCUGUUAAAGGACCCGUACAUCCUGAUCAGUGCUGGCUCCCUGUGCUUCGCUAACAUGGGCGUGGCCAUCCUGGAGCCCACCCUGCCCAUCUGGAUGAUGCAGACCAUGUGCUCCCCAAAAUGGCAACUUGGUAUGGCCUUCCUUCCUGCCAGCAUCUCCUACCUGAUAGGAACCAACCUGUUCGGGCUCCUGGCCAAUAAGAUGGGACGGUGGCUCUGCUCCAUGUUGGGGAUGUUCAUCGUUGGCAUCAGUCUGUUGUGUGUUCCCUUUGCCACCAGUAUCUAUGGUCUGAUUGGUCCAAACGGAGGUCUGGGCUUCGCUAUAGGGAUGGUGGACUCCUCCAUGAUGGCGAUCAUGGGCUACCUGGUGGACAUCCGCCACGCCUCCGUGUACGGCAGCGUCUACGCCAUCGCCGACGUGGCCUUGUGUAUGGGCUUCGCUAUCGGACCGUCCACAGGGGGCGCUCUGGUGCAGGCGGUGGGGUUUCCCUGUCUGAUGGUCUUCAUCGGGGUCAUCAACAUCCUGUACGCUCCCCUCUGCUUCCUGCUACGCAACCCCCCCAUCAGGGAGGAGAAGAUGGCCAUCAUGGACCAGGAGUGUGUGAUGCACAGGAAAAGCUACGACACUCACAAAGAGAGUCGUGAGUUUCCUCUGAGCGACUACAGCGAAGAAGACGAGACAGAGGAAUGACACGCUAGUAUGCUAGCACCCUAACACGCUAGUAUGCUAGCACGCUAACACGCUAGCACGCUAACACGCUAACAUCCACGUCACGAUGUCACGUUUUAUUUUUCCUCCUCAGUCAGAACAGACACUGGAUCCUCUGAAACACCUGGUAGAUGGUCUCUGUCCCCUCAUUAGCAGCAUCAGGGACGUCCUGAUCUGGUCCUAAAUGUCCCAGCGUUUGUCCCCUGUAGCUUCCUCGGGUCUGUUGACUAGUCACAAGGCUCAGAUUCUUCUUCUGAUGGUUUAGUUUGUGGCAGAGCUGAACCUACAGUCCAAACCUGGACCUCGUCAGUUUUGGUUGUAGAAAGACGUCUUCAUCUCAGCCCCUGGUUCUGGUUUAGUUCUGGUCCUUCGUGAAUUCCUCUGUUUCCCCCGAGGUCGAUGAGGUUCAUGAACGUCUCAGGUCAUUAAAUUAAAAGAGUAAAACUGUGUCUGUUCAUGUCUGUGAGGUUCUCAGUCCUCCAGGUCCUGGUUUACGACCAAAAAACGAUUUAAAAUGUCCCCUGGACUCAUAGAGUCUAGAGAAGACGUUUCAUGUGAGUCUCUUCUUCAGUUCCAAGAGACUGGAGGUUAUUUUCAGGUCCUUAUCAACCAACAGUGAUUAAACAUUUAUGUGUAAAAGCUGUGAAUGUGCUAGUGUUAGCGGAGUUGCUAAUUUUCAGCUGUUACAGCCAAGUAGAAGAAUAAACUAUAAAAAACACCAGGAAUACAAAGUACAGGUGGCAGUAAAUAGACAUCAGUCCGUUUCUCUCAGAGUUUCUAUUUAAACUUCGUUUAACUUCGUCCAGACUCAGAACUGAAGAAGAGACUCAGAUGAGACGUUGUCUCUAAACUCCACGAUGACUUUUUAAACUCUUCUUGGAUGUGGUGUCUGUUCAUGUUUGUGUUGAGAUGUGAAACUGUAGCCGAGUCUCUGUCCAUUAAAAGCUGCUGUUCCCUGGA